UCUGGAGUCGGCAUGGCGACGGCGGGGCCUUGCUGAGCUCAGCCCCGGUCACAAAGCAGCGCAGGAGGAGGAGGAGGAGGAGGCGGGCCUCUUCCGGAAAGGCUCUCCUCGCUCCCUCCGCGGCGGAGCUGCCCUCGUGAGUCCCGGCCAGGGACCAUGUCGGACCUGAUCCUGAACGUGGAGACGGCGCUGCCCCCGCACUGCGCCAGGAAGAGCGCCGCCGCCGCCGAGGGCAACAAGAAGCACCAGCGCUUCGUCCGGCGGCGGCACUUCCUGGAGCGGAAGGGCUUCCUGCGGCAGAAGCAGCUGCCGCCCCUGGAGCCCCUGGCCCCCUCCUGGCCCAAGAGGGAGGCCUCCCCGGGGAUGACGGGGACGGCGGCGGCAGAGAAGGACGGGAAGCAGGCCAGGAAGGCGGCAGCGGUGGGCUGGGAGGGUCCUUCUUCCUCCUCCUCCGGGGCCCAGGCCAAGGGCCGCCCCCCGAGGGCCCUGCUGCGGAGCGUCUGCGAAGAGAGGGCCCUGCUCCUGGCGCCCGCCAAGCCCAGCAAGAUGGUGGCCCUGGACUGCGAGAUGGUGGGCACGGGGCCCGGCGGGCGCAACAGCGACCUGGCGCGCUGCAGCGUGGUCUCCUACCAGGGGGACGUGGUCUACGACAAGUACAUCCGGCCCCUCAGCCCCAUCACCAACUACCGCACGCGAUGGAGCGGCAUCCGCAGGCACCACAUGGCCAACGCCGUGCCCUUCAAGGCGGCACAGAAGGAGAUCCUAAAGCUCCUGUCCGGGAAGAUCGUCAUUGGCCACGCCAUCCACAACGACUUCAAGGCCCUCAAGUACUUCCACCCCAAAUCCCUCACCAGGGACACCUCCAGGAUCCCUCUGCUCAACCGCAAAGCCGGCUUCCCGGAGAACGAGUCAGCCUCCUUGAAGCGCCUCACCAAGCAGCUUCUCCACAGAGACAUCCAGGUAGGUCAGAACGGCCAUUCCUCUGUUGAAGACGCUCGGGCCACCAUGGAGCUGUACAAGGUGAUUGAAGUGGAGUGGGAGAGGCACCUGGCCAGCUGCCCGCCUCAGGACUGACCCUUCCGAAGGCCCUGGGAGACUUUGGCCAAGGAGCUCCAGGGUGGACGGGUGCCCCAGAGCCCCUGCAAACAAGAUGGAAGGCCUGGCACAGCCCAGAGGGGACAUGUGGCGGGCGGGGGGCAAGUAGGGGCCUAUUACAUCGUUCCCACUUGAGGCCCGUGUUGGCGUGGUUCUCUGGGUGCUGCCCAGCCUGUUCCUCUGAGCACAGAGACUCCUUUACCUUUGGGGAAGAAAACCCCAAGUUUCUUAACGGUGCUAUUGACUCCCCAGUCCCUGGCCUGGGAUUGGGUCCUUUUUCUCAGAGAGAGUGCGUUCCAUGGGGUCGGGUGGGCUGUUAAAUCAAGCCAGGCUGUGCCUGCCGAUCUUCACCCAUGGCACUUUCCUGAGGCACAUGGUGACCACGUUCCUUCCCACCCACCCCAUGAUGCGAUCCAGCACAGCUGGGGGUCUUGCUGCUAGGGCUGAUGGGGAGCCUAUUGCCUUUUGCUCCAGGACUGUGAGGGGUGAGUGCUGGGACAUGGCUGAGAGCAGCUCCCUCUCAUGCCUUGAUACAGUGCCAAUCUGGGCUUGGACCCCUGCUCUGGCCUCCCGGGGGCCCUUGAGGACAGUCGGAUCAAACAGCCUUCCUCCAUCCUCAGCUUCCUUUCUCUGUCCCUGCCAGGAGCACCAAAGCUGGGUGGGAACUGGGUAAAGCACUUUGGAGGUGGGAGUCCAAUGCAGGGAAUGGUGAGUGCAAUUAGGUGUGUUGUGGGCAGCAUAGGCCUGCUGUAUUGGGAAGGUCCACAUUUGGGCGCAGAAGGCCAAUUUGUAGAGGCAUGGAGAGUUUGUUGGUUGGCUUAUCCCAGGGGCUGAGGUGAGCAUGGCCCAGAGGCAUCCUGACAGCUCCAAGGUUCACAGGAACUGGAGGGGGCCUCAUAGGCAGGGGGCAUUCUGCACUCCUCUUGUGGGAGCCAAGAAGGCAGGUGGCACCAUGAAACCCCCUCCAGCUGAAUGACUAAUUUCCUUCUGAUGUAAGUACCCCACAAUCAUCAUUGCCUUAUCAGAUCCUCAGCAAAGGUACCCAAGAUGUUCCCAGUGACAGAGGGGUCCCAAGAGAGGCUCAGCAGGUACAUAGCCCCCACCCCACACACCCCAGUCUGCCCAGCUCCUCUCCUCCUCGGAGGGCAACCAUGGUGCAGCUGCGGGACCAGGAGAGAGUAGUAAGUGUCUGAGACCCUUAGCAGAAAGGAUAGGAGCACAUUAAGUGAAUCUUCUGGAACAAUGAGUGGCCCCCCCACCAAAAAAAAUCUACAGUGUCUUAUUCUCUUUCUCAUAAGAGAAAUGUUUUCCCCACAGGAUCAUACUAAGGGAUCUUGGGGCUGAGCUUUCAUAGACAUUACCAGCUUCUUUCUUUCAGUUAGUUUGAAAGUGGCUCCAAGAUCCUUUGCAUAUGGUUUUCCAGACAAUUACAGCUAUGUUUUUGAAUUCUGUGCUAGAGAAACCACCAAUGUAUUUCUGAGACACAAACUAUCUAUGUCCAAUUUCUUUUAAAAAACAUACCAAAACAGCGUGUUGGGCGUUGAGGUUUCUCCCAGUUGCUCCCUUUGUGUGUUAUACACACACAUGAACGAAUGGUGUCUCUCCUGUAGUACUCUUUCUCUCUGAGUAAGUCGGAAGGGGUGGCUUGGGAUUGGACCCCUCCCCAUCUUUCUCUGAAGCCUCAGAGUUGGGGGCUGCUUUUGGCCGAUAAGAUGGAGGGUUUCUUUUGCUAAUGAGAAAGUUUCCCCUGAUGACGGAUAUAUGACCAGGUUGGGGCAAAAGGGAAUUGCUCCCACUUAAGAAUUCAGCAGCCCCCCUAAGUUUCCAGGAGAGCAGAGGGUGCCAUUUUGGGCCUGGUUCCCACAGGAGCUGAGUGUGCCUUCCCUUGGCAUAGAAGCUCUGCCAGCCCUUUUCUCUUUGCAGGCUUCAACUGCCUUCCUGGAUGUACCACUGAGGUUUCAAGUUGUGGCCAGGGAUUUGGGGACUGAAGGUAAAUUCCAUGGGAGGGAGCAGAGGCUUGCUUGGGAAGCAAUGCAUCCAUCAUCCCACCCCCUGGCGGCCUCUCUGCCCCAGCUGCCAUCCAGUGUCCUGUUCUCCAACCAAAAGCGCUCUGGUGGUUCCUAGUGGGGUUGUUGUCCAUCUCAGACAAAGACUGUUUGCCUUUUCUUUUGGGGGGAAAAUAAAUUUUACCUUUUGGCUGCC